AUGUCGCUCAAUGUUACCUAUCAAUUACGCUCAUUUCGGGUCAAGACCACUCCAGGGACGAUUCUCAACGAGGUCUUGACUAAUGCAUGCGAUCAUUUCGAUCUGGAUGCCAGUUCAUAUCAAUUAUAUCAUGGAACUAGGCUCCUAGAUCUGUCACUUCCUGUUCGCUUGACUGGGCUUGCUCAGGGUGCCAAAUUAGAAUUGAAGGUGGGCAAAGCUGUAGGCAACGUUACAUUACGAUUCAGUAUUGUCGGAAGGACGUUGAAUGUUGAUCCAAAGUCUUUGGUGCUCACAGUCAAGUCAUCAAAUACCAUUAGAAGUGUGCUCGUUUUGUUGGGCAAGAACAUUGGAUUAGAUUUGUCGAGUGAAAACUUUACGAUUCAAAGUUUCAGUUUGAGAAUAUCCCCCGGACCUGAUUUUGAUAAGCCAUUGAGCUCGUUGGGUUUAUCAAGCGGCAAUUCUGUGAUGCGUCUGGUGUUUGAGGCUCAGGGUCCAACCACUAAGAGUGAAAAGAAAGUAUCUUCUCCUUCAUCCUCAGCUCUUCCAACCUCUGCACCAGCUACUGAAACCCACCAAGACAUCAAAGACACCCCUAAUCAUGAUAGCACCGUUGUGAAAGACACAGCAGCUGGCGAAAAGUCAACCAAAGCACACAUAUUUCAAGCUCAGGCGUUCAAACCAUCUUCUAAUCGUAUCCACAGUUCCCAGGAUGAUGAUGAGGUAUAUGAAUUAUCUGUUGACCAGGCUCUCAAAUAUCAGGCAAUACUUUCCAAACAAGCACACGCAUCCCCUAUGAUGAGGAGACUUGCCGAAGAAAAAAAGAAAAAUGCCAAAAAGAUUGAUAAUUGUCAUAUCCGUAUACGGUUUCCUGACCACAGCAAUUUGGAACUCACAAUUGAUGCUUCCAUUACAUUGAAACAGCUUUGCUCUAUCUUGACAACUGAUUUUCUUUCAUUAAAUGAGGAAGAAAAGAAUGCGCAAAAUGCGUUUAACCUCUAUAUACCUCAUCCACAUCAAAUUCUCAACACGACGGCUAACAUGAAUAAAAGGCUUGAUUCUGAUCUCAAAUUUGGUCCAAGAAUUUUAUUAUUGUAUGAAUCUGCCAACAAAGUUUCCAAGAUCUCGUACCUGAAACCAGAAUACUUGAAGGAUGCUAAAUCUAUUGAAGAUGCUCCUGAUGUUUUACGAGACAGAGAAAUUGAAAUGGGGGUUGAUUCUACUCCAGUGAGCCAGAGUCCCGUUUCUGCGGUUGAUCAGAGUUCUUUUGAGUCUCCUACUAAUUCAUCUCUAAAAAAGAAAGUUCCCAAGUGGUUGAAGUUGGGCAAGAAGUGA